CAAGUAGUCAGACUUUCAUGUAGAACCAUCUCUGCGCUGCUGCUCCCGGCAGCAACUUCAAUUACACACGAUGUCUGCUCUACGAACCUCAAAAGAGCUCUUGAAACUCUCACGGCGUGCAGCAAAGUCUCAUCCUCAAGCCCCCCUCCCCCGAGCUGCCCGUCGAUACAUAGCAGCUUAUACACCCCCCCACCAAGCCAAAGCUAUUUCUGUACUGCCCACAGUCGUCGAUCCAUCUUCCGAGGAAUUCAAAGAAAAUGCUAGGCAGAUGGGAGAAGUUAUGGCUCGGCUAGAGGAGUUAACAAAGAAGAUUCACGAAGGGGGUCCUCCAAAGGCACGAGAAAAGCACAUUGCGAGAAAGAAGAUGCUUCCAAGAGACCGUAUUACUGCAUUGAUCGAUCCAGGAACAACGUUCCUAGAGCUUUCUGCCCUAGCUGGCCACGAACUCUAUCCCGAGGCCGAGGUACCCGCUGGAGGAAUAAUCACUGGCGUUGGGGUCAUUGAAGGGGUUACAUGCAUGAUUGUUGCAAACGAUAGCACUGUGAAGGGAGGGACAUAUUAUCCUAUUACAGUAAAGAAACAUUUGAGAGCUCAAGCAAUUGCUCAGGAGAACAAUCUACCCUGUGUAUACUUGGUAGAUUCCGGAGGAGCAAAUCUCCCGCAUCAAGCAGAUGUUUUCCCUGACCGAGAGCAUUUUGGACGAAUCUUCUUUAAUCAAGCCCGCAUGAGCUCCAUGGGAAUACCUCAAAUAGCAGUUGUGAUGGGACCUUGUACUGCUGGCGGUGCUUACGUUCCUGCUAUGUCAGACGAGAGUAUCAUUGUUGAUGGUCAGGGUCACAUCUUCCUUGCAGGGCCACCCUUGGUGAAGGCGGCUACAGGCGAAGUCGUGAGUGCUGAAGAUCUAGGAGGCGGUAAGAUGCAUUCAUCAGUAUCUGGUGUCACAGACUACCUGGCAGUCAAUGAUGCUCAUGCGAUCGUGCUGGCGAGAAGAUCUAUCAGCAAUUUGAACUGGCCAAAGAAAGAGUUUCCACCUCGAACUACUUACGAGGAGCCUUUACACGACCCAGAGGAGUUGAUUGGCAUUGCAAGCACAAAUCUAAGAAAGCCACUACCUAUCCACGAGAUCAUCGCUCGAAUUGUGGAUGGCAGUGUUUUCUCCGAGUUCAAGCGUGACUAUGGCAGCACUCUUGUUACUGGCUUCGCGCACAUCUAUGGCCACAAAGUUGGUAUCAUUGCCAAUAACGGAAUCCUGUUCAGUACUUCAUCCCUGAAAGGAGCACAUUUCAUUGAGCUAUGCUGCCAGAGAAAAAUACCCCUGAUCUUUUUACAAAAUAUCAGCGGAUUCAUGGUGGGCACAGAUGCUGAAAGAGAGGGUAUUGCAAAGAAUGGUGCAAAGCUCGUGACAGCCGUGGCCUGCGCCAAUGUACCCAAAUUUACAGUCGUUGUCGGCGCAAGCAACGGUGCGGGGAACUACGGGAUGUGCGGAAGAGCUUAUAGCCCAAGAUUCUUAUGGAUGUGGCCGAAUGCCAAAAUCGGUGUGAUGGGAUCAGAGCAGUUGACAGCAGUCAUGGAGACAGUCGGAAAAGCCGUUGAUCCCGAACUAAAGGCGAGAAUCGAAAGAGAAAUUGAAGCAGUGUUCUCUUCAGCUCGGCUUUGGGACGAUGGUGUUAUUCCUCCGAGCCACACCCGACGAGUACUUGGACUAGGGUUAAUGGCUGCAUUGGGCGGAAAGAAUGAACCGUCUGACACCAAAUUUGGGGUCUUUAGAAUGUAACGAAGACACACGUCGACAAUAGAUGAAUGUAUGUCUAAGUGGCUAUGGACAUCUCUCUUGUCCUCAUGAUCUAAUUUAGUAUGAUCUGGUUUGUCGUAGUAUUGAUUUCUAGCAUUGCUUCUUCGUUAUUACGUUGCUUAUUGCUGGAAUAAUAAUCUCAACCUCCGACCAGACAGGAUUCAGAAAAGCAUGUUCCUCAGAAG